ACAACAUGUCAAGCGAUAAACGUGCGUUACUCUUGACAUUAGUCUUUAUAUUUUUAAACAUUAUAUUGAAUGUUGAUAGUUUAAAUCAACAUCCGGGCUCUGAUUUUAAUUAUAAGAAUGGAAGUGUGCGCUGUUUUACACGUAAAUCAAGUAUAGGUCGCGGAAUUGAGUGGUUAUUUAAAUCUGAAAUAAAUGAAAAUCAAUUGGAUGUUAAAUUUUUUUUAACAUCCCGACAAUAUCCUAAUAGAGUUGAAGUAACUCUAGGAAAUGAUUUCCGAUUAGAUCAAACGGAUUUUCGAAUUGAUCGUCGGACUGUUUUUAUUGUACAUGGAUUUAAAUCGAGUGGUCGUAAAAAUUGGGUUGAUAGAAUGGAUACAGCAUUUCGAUUAUGGAAUGAUGUUAAUGUUGUUAUUGUAGAUUGGGGAAAAUAUGCAAACACAUUAAAUUAUUAUAAAGCUGCUGAACAUGUGAUGCCUGUAGGUCAUAAAAUUGUUAAAUUUUUGUCUCACGUUAUUAAUGCAACGCGUGAUUCUACUAUGAACAAUAAUUUAAAUGAACUAAAUUGGGGACCGAUUCAUAUGGUAGGACAUAGUCUUGGUGCACAUAUAUGUGGCAUUGCAGCGAAUGAAUUUAAAAAAAUAUCAACACUGUGGAAUGUCACUCGCAUUACAGGAUUAGAUCCUGCUAGACCAUGUUUUUUAAGAAGCAAUAUUUCAUUGGUUAAAACUGACGCCGAUUUCGUUGAUGUUAUUCAUACACAUGGAAAACCUUCUUCACAAUUUUCAUUUGGUUUACAAGAACCCAUCGGUCAUGUUGAUUUUUAUCCUAAUGGAGGUAAAAAACAACCUUUUUGUAGUAGAAAUAAUAAACCUUGGUAUGCAAUUCUAUUUAAUCCUAAAAAAUGGAUAAAACAAAAAACAUGUAGUCACGGUUUGUCACAUAUGUAUUUCACAGAGUCACUAAUUGCAGCCGCGUACAAUGCGGGAAAAUUUUGGGCUCACGAGUGGGACAGAUCCGCUCAGAGAGCUAUUGAAAUUAUUCAUGAGACUUGUGAUGAAAAUAAUUGCAUUGAAAUGGGUAUUAAUGCAGAAAAUUAUUAUGAUAAUAAUAAUACUGUUCUAGGAACAUUUUUUGUUAUUACCGCUAGUUCUCCGCCUUAUUAUGAUGUACACACUAGUGAUCUGGAAAAUUUGGAGGCUAAAAUAGCAGCCGGUUCAUUUUUGAAGUAGAGUACAAAAUUAGUUUAUAGGAAAAAUAUACAAAUUUUACUAAAUUAUUUUUUGUGUAAAUAUAUAUUUAGUAUUAUCAUAGUUAUAAUAAAAAGAAUGUAUAUUUAUGAAUCCCUCACCACUAUUAAGUUGGCGCGGAAAUUUAAUAAUUUUAAAUGAACGAUAUGCCAAAAAAUUGCUCUCAAAAUGUUCUUUCAGAAUCUGCAAUUGCUUCAGUCAUAAAAUUAAUAAUUAAUUAAUUAUCAUUAAUUAAAAGUACGGAACUCAUAUUGUGUAUAACUCAAUAAAUAAAUUUUAUUUUCUAUAUUGAUCGCGGUCACUAAAUUGCUCCUCUUUAUUUCAAUCGAGAGCAAUGACUUAUUUAACAAAAUAUUUAAAAUGAAUGCUAAUUAAUUGAAAUCGUAAUUACAAUGCAUAAUUUAAUUGAAUUAUGACGUCAAGGUAGUAGUGGAGUCAGCGCAGGAAGUGGGAAAAGGUGUGCGCAUGAGUACGUCUUUUUUGAAUUAGUGGGAACGAUUUAAUUUUUUAAUAAAAUUUUUUUUUAAAAAGGGCAUAAAAAGUGAUGGUUUCUUGUGUGUCUUAAGGUGCGUACUAUCACGUAGAUGCAUGAUAUCGCUUAGCGAAGCCCCUCAAUUUUUCGCAAGUUCGUCUAAACUGAAAAAUUUGCGAAUUUUCGCCCGUGACUGCAAGACAAUCUACAAGACAGGUUGCAGUCACACUACGGCAUGUUUAGUGACUAAUAAAUAGUAUGUCUAUAUUGUAUGUAAAAAGUAGAUUUUUUAUAUUUUUCACGAAUAAUGUGGGCAUUCUUCGCGAUAUUUAUUAUUUGUAGUGUCAUUUUUAACCAAUCAAAGACGUACUUACUUACCAUGAGUUUCGAAAAUUAUUUUUUGUCCUAAUCGCCACUGAUAUAAAUUAGACUGUGAUAUUCAAGUAAAAUUUGAUGACUCUUAAUUUUCAAAAAUUUAUUUCUUACUUUAUUUUUUAA